UGCUAGCUAAAUGAUCACUUAGUAACAUGUACAGCACUGUCUAUUCAGUUUUGUUCUUGGUUCUGUCCACUCUUGGGAAAUUGAGAUUUAAAUCAGUUUAAUUAAACCACCUUUUAAACUGGUUUAAGUGCUGGUGUGAAUGAGGUAUAAGAUAAGUUUAUUAGCAUAUCAUGGUAACUUCUAAUGUGACGUCAUCAUAAUCAAAACUCUAACGUUUUGGACUGUGUGUAUAAUGAAGGGAAACUUAUUAAUUUUUUCCUGGUUUCCGUGCAUUAUUAUUUUCGCUUUAGCGUCCCACAAGUACAGUGAAGCAAAAAAGAAAUAUUUCAUAAGACCUUGUUUCGCCGACGAAGAAAUCGAUAACAUUUGCAGGAAUCCACAAGAAAAAUGUCACGAAGCUCAUAGGCAAUCAAGGCUGACCAAACUCGACGGGGUGAAGACCGGCUACACUCAGGAAGUAGAGCUUAAUGGAAAAGUGUAUAAAAUGAUCACAAGGGCUAUGAAACCCACGAUACUAGAAAUUCCAAACUUCCUAAGUCCUGAUGAGUGCGACCACAUCAUCGAGCUUGCUAAGGUCAGCGGUCUCGCUCAAAGUGUUGCCGGGUUUGACAAGGAGGCGUACCAAGGGGGACUGGAUCGAGAGCUGGAUGCCGUAGACGAGACAAAACCAGCAGCUGGGCCUGACGACCUCCUCGCUGAGCGCUUCGACACUUGGGAUAAGAACAACGACGGCAUGAUAGACAUGGAUGAGAUAUCCAGCUUUGCGUUGAAAUACGAUAAGUUAUACUUGAACAGAGAUGAAGUUAUGGAGAUGUUAGAUAAACUAAAAUUUCAGGAACCUGAAAAAUGCCAAAUCUCAUUGGCGGAAUUCGAGUCACGUGGUAUCAAGAAACUGCUGACGUAUCUUUGGUACCUCAAGGACAAACAUCCUCGCCACAGGCCCCGCUAUAGUGAACAGGCCUGGUUACCUGUAGAGAGGACCGCUGACCGGAUGUUAAGAUCCAUUCAAGACAGGAUAAAAAAGCUCACCAAACUUCCGGAGAAAUUGAUAAGGACUAGUGAAUCCAUCCAGGUUGUUCGUUACGGCGAGGGCGGUCACUACCACGGGCAUCUGGAUUCUACGCCGACCACCAACCGGGAAAUCCCAUGCUGCCAUCAAAACGUGCUCAACAAACCCGAAUGCAAGCUGUGCAGGUUCAUCACGAUCUUGUACUACCUGAAUGACGUGGACGAGGGAGGGGAGACUGCGUUUGUCGUCGCUGAUAACGAGACUUACACCAUAGACGAGUCUCUACAAGAUCCGCAACACUCUUCUGACGAGUUCAACCUCAGCUCCAACUGUCACAAGGCGACCCUCGUGAUCCCACCAAAGCGAGGCACGGCGGUCAUGUGGUACAAUCACGUCAUGGACCCGGUCAGCGGUUUGCUGGGUGAGGUGGAUCACUUUUCCUUCCACGGAGGCUGUGAUAUCAAGAGAGGAGUUAAAUGGAUCGCGAAUAACUGGAUUAAUGCACCUACCAGCCAGUCCGAACAUAUCAGGAGUAUUUACGACUUGACGGAUACAUAAGAUUUGGGUUAUUGGUUAAAAUCGGGUAUUCGUACAAUUGCACCUGGGGUGGGUGGAUAACAAAAUGUGAUAGGGGGGGGGGGGGGGGUUUGUUGGUAGAAAGACUAUCUAAAGGGGAUAAAAAGGUAAAAUACAUGUUGGUAUAGAAUGAUAAGAAUAAGAAUAAAAAAAUUAGGCAGGACAAAAAGGGGGGUAUAUUUCGUAGCAACCUUACAUGUGUUCUAGUACAAGGUUUAUCAUCAGGAGGUAAGACCAGGUACUAGCCAAAUGCGAAAGGGAGAAAUAAAACUGGGAGCUGAGGGUUGCCAGGGGGCGGGGGAGGAAUGGUUAAAUGGUUUUCUUAUAAGAGGUUCAGGUAUAAAAGGGAUAGGAACGCCCCUUUCAUUUCAUUUUCACCAUUCAUUUGGUCACAGGCUUCCCACCCGCGUCAGUGAAGGGUUUCUAAGGACGUUCGAAUUCACGCGAAUAGUAAUCCAUGAGUUAUAUCUUCGUCCUCUAAUUCGUGAAAUAAACUUAGUUGUAAAUGUA